AUGAAACUAAAAAAUUUUAUCAGUACAUCAGUAGUUGCUGACCUUUUGAAGAAAGGUGGCUUCAAAAAUGGUAGUGGUUAUCGAUUAUUGGAUUGUGGGGGAGACUUUCAACCACAAAAUCAUCAAGACUUCAUGAAAACUAAGUAUGGAAGAUUCGAGAAAAUGAUGAACAUGAAUACGAAGCAGUAUUGCGACUAUUUGGAAAAGCAUAUCCCUCAAGCAGUUCACAUGGAUCUCAACAUAGCUACCUAUCCCGGCGUUUAUGAACCGUAUGCUAUGUAUCCACCAGAAAUUUUCCAGAAAUAUGCCUGCUUAUUAGGUAUCAAUCGAUUGGAUCACAUCGUCUUAUAUGGCAGGCAACACAUUGGUGGCAUGAUGUUUCCCUGUCGCAUUUCUUGGCUAUUUAAGUACUAUGGCCAUGAAGCUGUUUCUGUCGUAGAUGGCGGCUUAACAGCUUGGGAAAAGGAUGACGGUGAAAUUACUGGAGAAGUGCCAAAAGUCACUCCAGGUAAUUGGACAGCAAAGCUUUGUCCGGAUUAUAUUGUAACGUAUGAACAGCUUAUUGAGAAGGAUUCCAAUGCGUUGAACAUAUUUGAUAAAAUUGACCAGAUAAAUUUUUUCGACACGCGUCCAAGAGAUCAGUUUGAGGGAAAAGCUGAUACCACACUCGAUCCAAAAAAGAUGCGCGGUUCACAUGUGCCGGGGACAAAGUGUGCACCGGUAGUAGAAAUGAUCAAUGAAGAGGGUCGUUUAAAAGAUCCGGAGAAGCUUAAAAGCUGGUUACAGAAAUGCGGUUUCAAACAAGAACUUCCAAUCAUCUCACAGUGUUCGCGUGGAGUACAGGCCUGCUUAUUGAAUUUAGUCAUCGAAGAUUUGUUUCCAUCUGUAUGUCCACGGGUCUAUCAUGGAUCAUGCUUUGAACUACAAGCCCGUGACCCAAAACGAAUAUCUGAAUAG